AUGAUGCUGGUGCCCUAUCCCACUUUGCUGAAGCCUCACCAGGAGAAACACGUCAUCCAUGGAGUCCGAGGUGUGUUACCCACCUGCAGGAUGGUGGCGAUGGACAGUGCCCCAGCACAUGUCACACACGUUGCCGGGACUGGAGCUCAUGGAAACCAUGGAGCACAUGGAGCACAUGGACAGCGCACCAAAGGUCAUCGCGGCUCUCGUCGGAUCCAGUUCCAUGCGAUGGCCCAUCAGAUUGAGAGACCCAUCGCCACCGUGAAGAAGAUGCCCAACUUGGGCCACAUGCCUAUCGUUUUCCGAUCUCAAUCUCCUGCGGGCUCACCCAAGUACAGCAUCCUUUGUUACGGCGACAGCCUGACGGCUGGAUUCUGUGACAAGGGGAUGAAAUUCGAGCCCUACGGAAGAACCUUGGCAAAGAUGCUGGGGACCUUGUUGAAGGUUCCCUGCGAGGUCUUGGUGUGUGGACAUAGUGGGCACACUGCAUCUGAGAUGGUGGCAAACAUGGAUCAAACGACCAUUACGGACGUGGGCGGCCAAGUUGGCAAGGGCCUGCGUCGCAGCUUGAUGGAGAUGUCGCGACCGCUGGAUCUGGUUCUGUUGAUGACUGGCACCAAUGAUAUCGGGAAGGGCGUUGAACCCAGCGCCGUCUUGGAGGAUAUCAUCAAACUCCAUGAGAUCUGUAAGCAACACGGAGUGCCUUCGAUGGCCUUAUCGCCUCCUCCCAUUCCCAUGAACACCGAUGCCGAGGCCACUCGGCGCCAGUUGCGCGACUUGCUGGCCAUGUGGAGUUCGGCGGGUCAUGUGGAGGGCUUUGUGGAUCCGGGGCAACUGGUGCCAUCCAAUUGCCCCAAAUCUUGGGAUCCCGACAGGCUUCACUUUUCCCCAGAGGGGUCACAGCUGCUAGGGCAACAGCUGGCGAAUGCGGUGCUGCCGAUCUUGCGGCGUAAACGAGCCGCCAGCAGGGCUUGA